CUCACACAUUCAACAUCCUCGCCCAUGGCUUCGUCUCUCGCGGCCAAUUCACCGAUGCCCUCUCCCUGUUUUCCACCAUGGAAGGCUUUGGAUGCUCGCCGGACACUAUCACGUACAACACAAUACUCGACGGGUAUUGCCGUAAAGGCAUGCUUAAGGAGGCUCGUGACUUGCUUGCAGAAAUGAAGGGCAGAGGACUUCUGCCUGAUCGCUCCACCUACAAUACACUUAUUGCUGGUUACUGCCGGAUUGGUUGGUUGAAAGAGGCCACAAAGGUGAUUGAGCUCAUGACCAGAUCCAAUUUCUUACCUGAUCUAUGGACCUACAACAUGCUUAUCUUGGGGAUGUGCAGGGAGGGAAGAAUGGAUGAAGCUUCGAGACUUAAAGAUGAGAUGGAGAAACUAGGAAUUAUGCCUGAUGUCGUCACUUACAAUACCCUUAUCAAAGGUUGUUUUCAGUGGCAGAAUGAAGGUACUGCUCUUCGAAUGUUGGAGGAGAUGAGGAGCAAGGGGUUGAAGCCAAGCUUGGUAACCCAUAAUAUAUUGGUUAAGCAGUUGUGCGAGGAAGGGAAAAUGGGGGAAGCAGUUAUGAAUUUGAAGAAGAUGGAGGAAGAAUUUACCAAACCGGAUAAUGUUACUUAUAAUACUUUGAUCAGUGGGUAUUGCAGGUAUGGUGAUUUUGCUGAAGCGUACAAAUUAAUGGAUGAGAUGGUUGGAAGAGGGCUGAAGAUGGACACUGUCACCCUGAACAUUGUCCUGAAUGGUUUAUGCAUGGAAAAAAGGUUUGAUGAAGCUUGUGAGCUUCUUCGAAGCCCUCCAAAGCGUGGUUUUGUUCCAGAUGAAGUCAGCUAUGGAACUGUGAUCAAUGCUUAUUUUAAGGAGGAGAAUUUGUCUGAUGCAUUGAAUCUUUGGGAUGAGAUGCAGAAGAAAAUCAUAAUCCCUAGUAUUGCUACUUACAAUGUACUGAUUUCUGGGCUCUGCAAAGCAGAUAGGAUGGAGGAGGCCAUCCAGAAGUUGAAUGAGCUCAUGAGCAAGGGAUUGGUGCCAGAUGAUACCACCUACAACACUAUCAUUCACACUUACUGCAAAAAAGGAGAUCUUGAGAGUGCAUUCCAGUUCCACAACAAGAUGGUGGAGAAUUCUUUCAAACCAAAUGUUUUCACCUGCAAUAUUCUUCUCCAUGGACUCUGCAACAAUGGUAUGGUGCAUAAAGCUUUGAAAUUUUUUGAUUCAUGGUCAUCAAAGGGGAAGAAGGUUGAUGUUAUCACCUACAAUAUUCUCAUUAAUGGCCUCUGCAAGGAGGGGAUGAUGGAUGUUGCGAUUAAGCUUUUUACAGACAUGGAGGAUAAGGAUGUAAAACCUGAUGCGUAUACUUGUCAUGUGAUUUCAUGUGCUUUAUCCGAAGCAGGGAGAACUGAAGAGGCCCAAAAUAUACUGUCUAAAUUAUCUGAAUCUGAUAAACUAGCAAAGCACUUUUCUUGGCCCUUGGCAGGAGUAGAAGCUUCAAAGGAGGAUUCUGAGAAAGAACCGCACAGCAUUACAGAUGGAAAUAUGGAGGAUGAUGAUAAAGCGAGCACAUCAGAAACAUAUUCUGAUCAGAUCAAUGAUUUAUGUAGUAAGGGUCAUUUCAAAGAAGCUAAACUUGUACUGGAAGAAAUGAUUCAAAAAGGUGUACCUACUAAGAGCUCAACAUAUAUUACUUUGAUGGAUGGAUUUAUUAAAAGACAGAAAAGAAUGACUAAAGGACCUGGGUGUCCUGUGAAGCACUACGAAGUUAGGGAUAUCAAGGCUCAUUUUUCUUUUGACACAAGUUGUUUCCCAUGUUAUGAAAAUAGAUAUAGUCCAAUGGGAGAGGAGGUUCAAAAUGUAAAACUUAAAGAGUUGAAGUUGCACAGUAAUAGUGGCAAUGACAUUUCUGGGAAUCUUGCACCGGUUGAAGAACUUAAUUGCUAUAAAGUUCUUCAAACAGACGAACCAAAAACCCCUCCUCAUUCGCACUGCUUGGGAUACAUUUCUGCCUAUGCUUCGUCUUCUUCGGUUCAGAAUAAGCGCAACGAAACUGUAAGCCACGACAGAGCGGAGCUUUCCACAUCGCUGCCUCCUCAAGCCGUGCGUGAACUCUUGUCUGCCCUCGACGUCUCCCUCUCUCGUUCUCAUACGAGCUUUCGCGUUGUCAUCCCCUCAAACUAUCGCCAAAGUCCUCCUUGUCUUCCCCAAUCUCGACCAGGACUUUCCUCCCUGUCGCGAUCUUCCCCUUUCACCGAGAUUCCUCGAUUGAGGCCAGCUGAAUACAAGAGAUCAAGAUUACAGCGGAAUCGAAGAACAGUUCACCGAGCUUAUGGCGGCGUUCUAUCUGGUGGAGCUGUCCGUGAAAGGAGCAUAAAAUACAUAAACUGUAAUUUUAAGUGGAUUAUAAUGCAGAGGAAAUCGGGUACAGGGCGACAUAGGCAGGGAAUAUGGCGAAUGUGCCGAUGCCUUCGCUCCCUAAAGCAGAUUCACGCUCUGAUACUCGUCCGGGGCUUCCUCUCCAACCCCCACGCCCUGCGCGAGCUCCUCUUCGCCGCCGCCAUUUCAGUCCGGGGCGCCAUGAUCUAUGCCCGCCAACUGUUCGAUCAAAUACCACAACCGGACCACUUCAUGUGGAACACCAUCAUUCGCGGUGCUGCCCACACCUCUAACCCCGCCGAGGCUCUUUCUCUCUCAAUCCGCAUGGAACGCACCGGCACCAAGCUCCACCACCUCGCUCUUCCCUUUCUCCUCCGUGCCUGCACCAUGCUUUCCUCUCCCUCUACAGGCUCCCAGCUCCACGCUAAGGUCACUAAGCUUGGUAUCCACAACGACUCUUUCGUUCACAACGCUCUUAUCCACCUCCAUGCCACCUGCGGCGAUCCCAAAGCUGCUUUCAUUCUCUUCGCAUCUCCUGCCGCAAGGAUGGAUGUCGUGGCUUGGUCUGCCAUGAUUGCAGGGCUUGCCGGGAGAGGGCAGCUGGAAGAUGCUCGAAACCUAUUCGAAGAAAUGCCUGAGAAGGAUCUAGUAGCAUGGAACGUGAUGAUCACAGGAUACUGUAAACAUGGUCGUAUGGCGAGUGCGCGGGAGCUGUUUGACCAACUGCCCCGCAGGGACACUGUUUCCUGGAAUGCCAUGAUCUCCGGAUACGUUCGCAGUGGCGCCCCGUCCAAGGCUAUGGAUUUGUUCGAUGAAAUGUGUCUGGUGGACCAACGGCCCGAUGAGGUCACCAUGCUGGUCCUUAUCGCUGCCUGCGCCGACUCCGGCGCAAUAGACUUUGGCCUGAGAAUACACUCUGCCCUCUGCCGGGAUGCCUCUCAAAGCGUGAUUCUUUGUAACGCGCUCAUUGACAUGUAUGCUAAAUGCGGGAGCAUAGAUGGGGCUGUUGGGGUAUUCAGGGAGAUGAGAGAGCGAGAUGUCUCUAGCUGGAACUCCAUCAUUGGAGGGCUUGCUCUCAACGGUCAUGCCCGGAAUGCAGUCACCUUUUUUGAGGAGAUGAGGAGCGCAGCGGCAGCCAGGCCGGAUGAAGUGACCUUCGUGAGCGUUCUAGUGGCGUGUAGCCAUGGUGGGAUGGUGGAGGAAGGCAGGGCUUACUUCUCGCUCAUGAGAGAUAGGUAUGCAAUGGAGCCUAAUGCGAAACACUAUGGGUGUAUGGUGGAUAUGCUUGGUCGCGCGGGGAGGCUGGAAGAGGCGUUUGGAUUGGUGGAGGAGAUGAAGCGGAUUUGGGGGUUGAAGCCUAACGCGGUAGUAUGGAGGUCGCUUCUAGGAGCAUGCCGGACGCAUGGUAAUUUGGAGUUAGGAGAGCUUGCCAACUCUGAGCUGUUAAAUAUGUUCAUAGAUAAGUGUGCAGGUGGCAACUAUGUUCUGCUAUCCAACUUGUAUGCUUCUAUGGGAGAAUGGGAUGGUGCGGAGAAGAUGCGAGCGUUGAUGGAUGACACUGGAGUUAUGAAAGCGGCUGGCUGUGCGCUCGUUGUUGAGGAUGACUGUUGUGCAUAAACAAUCAGUGGCUGGAGUUUCAGUAGAUUGUUGCUACAAAGUUCGAAGAGUAUAAGCUAUUCUGCUCUUCUGAACUCUGCAGAGAGCAUGGAAGUUUUGAUUAUGGCUCUCUUAUGCAUAACACAUCUCUAGGAAGCCUGCUCGCUCAUGCUAAACUCUGCUUUAGGCAACCCUUACUUCGGUGGAUUAUGCUGUAUCAGAUAAAAGCCCUUGCAGCGCAAUUUUUUGUCUUCUAAGAACACCUGGUUGAGCAUUCUGCACAGACAACCCAGCUGCUGCUGCCAACAUACUAAAGUUUCAAUCUAAUAAGCACAUUGAAGCUCUGCAAAAUUUGAAUUUAGUGUGCUUGAAUGUGCGGGACAUUGAUUGGAAACAAAGUAAAAAAAUCCCAAGGUAUCGGGUUCUAGCACUCAACCACCCGGAGAAAAAAAAAAAAAAAAAUCCUCAAAUUUUAGCAUCGGGUGUGAUAUUCCUCACAUGGAAGGUUCGCCAUCAAACAUGUCCCCACCCUAAAUGUGAAGCUAUUUGAAGUCUGUAAUUACUGGUUUCAUUAAUGUUCCUCUUUUUAGUCAGUUAGCUAAUUUUAAUAAUGCUCUCCAGUCAAAAUUCAUGUUGACAGGCUUUAGAUCAAUCCGCUUUUAUUUGAUUUGUUAGAUUUUUGUAUCACACUUCAUGUAAUU